AUGCGCAACAACCACUGUUCCAUCGUAGGCACCUGCAGCAUCUUCAUCCUUUCCUCGGCUGGCGGACAUUCAGGGACUGCACAAGCUUCCGGGCCGCGUGGUGUAUCGGAUUGUUCUGUGAACAAUACGGAGAAACAGAGAGGCGGUGGGAGUCCUGGAAACACCGUGGGCUCGGGUCCGAGAGGGCUUUCUGUGCCCGAAACGCCCAGCGAGAACAUCUGGGGCUACUCGCAGCUGCAGAGAGCGCGGUUCGUGCAGGACAAAGCCCUUUUAUCUAAAGGAAACCGAGGCUUCCAUCACUGCAGAGUCACAAGCGCGCCCUCUCCUGUUGGCCGGUAG